AUGGAGGCCCCCCCGGAGCCCCAGGCCAACGGGGAGGCGGUGGGGGCUGGGGGCGGGCCCAUCUACUACAUCUAUGAGGAGGAGGAGGAAGAGGAAGAGGAGGAGGAGGGGCCCCCCCCAGAACCUCCAAAGCUUAUCAAUGACAAGCCCCACAAAUUCAAAGAUCAUUUCUUCAAGAAACCCAAGUUCUGCGAUGUCUGUGCCCGGAUGAUCGUGCUCAACAACAAAUUUGGGCUCCGCUGUAAGAACUGCAAAACUAACAUUCACGAGCACUGUCAGUCCUACGUCGAGAUGCAGAGGUGCUUCGGCAAGAUCCCCCCUGGUUUCCACCGGGCCUACAGCUCCCCGCUGUACAGCAACGAGCAGUACGCGAGUGUCAGAGAUGCCUCGGCUGCCAACCGCAACGACCCCGUGUUUGAGACGCUGCGCACCGGGGUGAUCAUGGCGAACAAGGAGCGGAAGAAGGGGCAGGCUGACAAGAAAAACCCCCUAGCGGCCAUGAUGGAAGAGGAGCCCGAGUCAGCCAGAGCAGAGGAAGGCAGCCCGCAAGAGGGCAACCCUGAAGGGGCUAAGAAGGCAGAGAAGAAGACUCCUGAUGACAAGCACAAGCAGCCCGGCUUCCAGCAGUCUCACUACUUUGUCGCCCUCUAUCGCUUCAAGGCCCUGGAGAAGGACGAUCUGGAUUUCCCACCCGGAGAGAAGAUCACCGUCAUCGACGACUCCAACGAAGAGUGGUGGCGGGGGAAAAUAGGGGAGAAGGUCGGGUUUUUCCCUCCGAACUUCAUCAUCCGGGUCCGUUGUGGAGAGCGCGUGCACCGCGUCACGAGGUCCUUCGUGGGCAACCGAGAGAUAGGGCAGAUCACUCUCAAGAAGGACCAGAUCGUGGUGCAGAAAGGGGACGAAGCCGGAGGCUACGUCAAGGUCUACACCGGCCGCAAGGUGGGGCUGUUCCCCACCGACUUCCUGGAGGAGAUUUAGGGGCGCAGCCUGCCUGCGCCCCACGUGGGCCGGGCCCGGACGCUGGGGGGAAGGCGCGAAGGGCCCGCUGCUGGC